AAAUAAAAAAUCAAUAAAUAAAAUCAAAAUCCCACCUCGUCUACGGUCGUCGGCGCUCCUAUUCCCAGAAUACCCCUGUCACCGCCGAACCCUUCUCUCUCUCUCUCUCUCCCCUCAGCUUCCGAUCUCAGAGAAGAGUUCGAGAAAGAGAGAGGAGAGAGGGGACAUGGCCGCGUUCACGAAGCUCGAAGACUCUCCAAUGUUCAGGAAACAGAUGUACUCUUUGGAACAAACGACUGAUGAGUUGAAAGACCGCUGUCAAAGACUACAGAAGGGUUCUAAAAGAUUUAUGGUAUCACUUGGUGAUGCAUAUGAAGGUGAUAUGUCCUUCGCAGAUUCAUUGGAGGCAUUUGGAGCUGGACAAGAUGACCCCACCAGUGUAGCCAUAGGAGGUCCUGUAAUGUCCAAGUUUACUACUGCUUUUAGGGAACUUGGUACGUACAAAGAGCUUCUUCGCUCUCAGGUGGAACAUAUGCUUGGCGACCGUCUGCUUCAGUUUAUAAAUGUGGAUUUAGAAAAUGUAAAGGAUUGUCGUCGGCGUUUGGACAAAGCUGCAGCUGGGUAUGAUCAGGCACGUGAAAAGUUUAUGUCAAUACGGAAGGGCACAAGGGCAGAAGUUGUUACGGAACUAGAAGAGGAUCUUCAUAACGCAAAAUCAGCUUUCGAAAGAUGCCGAUUCAAUCUAGUUAAUGCUCUUGCAAAUAUUGAAGCGAAGAAGAAAUAUGAGUUCUUGGAAUCAAUUAGUGCAGUAAUGGAUGCACAUUUGAGAUACUUUAAGCAGGGGUACGAGUUAUUGAGCCAGCUGGAAUCAUUUAUACACCAGGUUUUAACAUAUGCGCAACAAUCAAAAGAAAUGGCUAAUAAUGAACAAGACAAACUUGCGAAGAGAAUCCAAGAGUUCAGAACUCAGGCUGAAAUCGCUAGCUUGCGAUCUUUGAGUAAUACGGACACCUCAACUAGCGGUGAUGGUAUUCAUGUAGUCGGUGUUCAUCCAUACAAAAAAAUAGAAGCUUUGAUGCAAUCUACUGCAAAUGGAGAGGUUCAAAUAAUUAAACAAGGUUAUCUUCUCAAGCGUUCAUCAAACAUGAGAGGAGACUGGAAAAGGAGGUUCUUUGUUCUCGAUAGCCAUGGAACCUUGUUCUAUUACAGAAAUAAGUUGAAUAAGCAGCCGCAAGGGUCUCUUCAGCAACAAUCAGCUAGUUCAUCGGAAGGUUCCGGUGUUUUUGGUAGAUUUAGAUUCUCGCACCAAAGAACAUCUUCUCUGGGUGAAGAUAACCUUGGAUGCCACACCGUUAAUCUCCAAACUUCAACUAUUAAGAUUGAUGCAGAACAGUCAGAUCUGAGAUUUUGCUUCAGGAUAAUAUCUCCAGUGAAAACUUACACAUUACAGGCUGAAAAUAGGGCAGAUCAAAUGGAUUGGGUUGAGAAAAUUACCGGAGUUAUUGCAUCUCUUCUUAAUUCAGCAUUCUCACAGCAGAUAUCUUUUGGAAAUUCAGAGGCACAGAAUCUCAAUUCUGCCAAUGGAAAUGAUCCUGAUUCUUUAUGGCUGGCGGAUGGCACUAAUGCUAAAGGACAUGAUAAAGUCUCCCAAACUCUCAGGAGUAUUCCUGGAAAUGAUAUCUGUGCAGAAUGUAGUACACCUGAACCUGAUUGGGCAUCGCUGAAUCUAGGGAUUCUAGUGUGUAUUGAAUGCUCUGGUGUUCACAGAAAUCUCGGGGUUCACAUUUCGAAGGUGAGGUCCCUAACACUAGAUGUAAAGGUUUGGGAGCCUGCCAUUAUAGAUCUAUUCCAUGCUCUGGGUAAUUCUUUUUGUAAUUCAGUGUGGGAGGGAUUGCUUCUCAAUCAAGAUGAAAGUAUGGAUGAAUCGGAAAAAGCCAUUCUUUUCAUGGAAAAGCCUAAUCCUAAUGAUUCCUUUUCAACAAAAGAGAAGUUCAUUCAAUCAAAGUAUGUGGACAAGAAUUUUAUCAUCCAAGAAACUAUCCAGCCCGAUGGUGGUCCUCCAAGUGCUAGCAUAUGGGAAGCAGUCAAAGAUAACGAUAUACGAGGAGUCUAUCGCCUGCUGGUAUUAUCAGGUGUUAGUCUGAAUACAAGAUAUGACGACCUAAACAAUGAACUUAAUCACCUUUUGGAUACACCAAGAUCAAACCAGGGUGGAUCUACGGAUAGAAAGCAAUUCGAUCCAGCAAAUUGCCAGAAAAUAAAUGAUUCUGGUCAACAAGAAAGUUGUCUACAGGGCUGCUCCUUAUUACAUUUAGCUUGUCAUGUCGGCGAUCCUAUAAUGCUGGAGCUACUAUUGCAGUUUGGGGCUGAUAUUAAUUCAGAGGAUUUCCAUGGUCGGACACCUUUGCACCACUGCAUCUUCAAGAAGAACGAUACUCUUGCUAAGUACCUUCUCAGGAGGGGGGCGCGAACAACACUAAAAGAUGGUGGGGGUUUGACUGCUCUGGAAAGAAGAAUGGAGCUUGGAGCAAUAACUGAUGAGGAACUAUUUAUAUUGUUUGUUGAGCACGAAUGAGGCAGACUCCCAUACUCCCAAAAAUUUGCUGCUUGAGUAGGGGGCCGACCGCCGAUGUCAUACCUAUUAAGCUCUGCGUGGUGAAAACUCAAACUCGUGCGACAGCUUUAAGCUCUUAAACUUAUUGGUGCUAACGCAUAUGAGGACUAUAGAUCUAAUUCAGUGUUGCGAUGUGGAACUCCAGUUAUCUAUAUGUGACUUCUUAUGCCCAUUGAUUUUAGUUUAUGUGCUGUGGUUUUUACAUGUAAAUCAGAAGGAAGUGCUUCUCCCCUGCUGAUUUGUACUUUCUCUGGGAUGUAUACUAUUUGUUCUUCUUGUUCUUGACUAAGAUUGAAUUACAUUUGUUUGAUGCGGUUGAUGAAUGUUGUAACUUUCUUAGAAAGCAAGAAAGGAAAUGGAACAAAAAAAAGAAGAAACUUAUUUGAUUGUUAUGUUAUCACA